AUGCAACCAUCUAUCCACCACACCCUGCUCAAGUGCUCACUCUUCAUUUUGAGCUCUUCAAGCACUCCCAGCACCUCUCGCCCUCAUCACGCCACCUUUACCCCGGCACAAGUUUCGGGUUUCUACUUCCGUCCGUGCCGAGAUGACCAUGAUGAGGUCAUCCUCGAGUACUUCCGUUGCCGGUGCGGCACGGUACGGAAGCAGACACGGCGUAACGGCUACAGCAAUCUCAUGCAGCAGGUCCGCCGUGAGCACCCUGGCUACGAGGCCAUCAUGCUGGCCGCGUCGACGGCCGAGACUGGCUCCAUGCUAAGCUACGUACGCCAAUCGGCUCUGAACGUCUACGGCUGGAUGGACUGGAUUCUUAAGAACAACCUGCCGCUGUCAUUCUGCGAGAACCGGGCGGCUAGGAGAUACACAAAUCUCGAUCCAAUUUGUGUGGAGACAUUAGUUAGUGCAAUGGACAGCCUCACUAGGGUUGUGGAGCGCGCGAUCGCGGCUGAGCUGCCUGAGCGCUUUGGACUCCUCUUCGACGGCUGGACGCACUCCUCCCAGCACUUCAUCGCAGCGUUCGCCUGCUACGACGCCGGCGGCGUCAGGAAGACGGCGCUCCUCAGCAUGGCUCCUUUGCUUGACGCCCUCGACGACGACCUCUCUGCUCGAGGCCACAUGGAGUUCCUGGCGAACAUGCUGCCGCGAGACUAUGGCAAACAGCUCUCGCAAUGUCUGUUCCUAGUGGCUGACAAUUGCGCUGUCAACAGACUUCUAGCUACGCUAAUGGGGGUGCCUCUUUUGGGCUGUGCUAGUCACAGGCUCAAUUUGGCUGUUCAAGCGGAUAUGGAGAAAAGUACGACAGACUUGGACGUGGUUCACUCUUUGAUGCUAAAGUUACGCACGCUUUCGCAGUCUGCCAAGCUACGCUAA